AUGGUUUUGUCUCUUAAAGCUCACUGUGAUGGUUCAGAAGUCGCUGUGAGGUUCUUGAAGACCCCUCUUGCAUUCUCAAUUCUGAAAUCAGUUGCAUUUGCUUUUGAUGUUUUGGUGGGUGCUAAUGCAAACACUUGCACAAAUUGUAUAAACAAUUGCAAGCUGGAUGAUUACGCAGCUUCAAAUUGUGCAGCUGGAGAAGUUUCUUACAUAGGUUUGCAGGAUGGAAAUCAUACAUUUGAGGUGUGCACCAGGGGAUCUGGAGGAGUUGGCUGCGCUUCCUAUAACUGGACUGUUGACACAGUUCCCCCGACGGCAUAUGUUACAGCUGCUACAUCUUUUACAAAUGCUUCAAAUAUUCCUGUCAAUAUUUUGUUCACUGAGCCCUGUCAUGGUGGAGGUGGUUUUAGAUGUACAUCUGUGAAUGACUGCAACCUUCUCGUUUAUGGUGCCGGCCAGGUUGAGCCAAAUACCCUCAAUGUUACUCAGCCAAACCUCAAAUUUUCCAUAAUUGUGAGCUUGUCUUCAAGCACUCAGUAUGGUCGGGUGCUAUUGGUAAUGGAUAAAAAUUUCUGUACAGACUCUGCAGGAAACAAAUUUACUAGGACAGUGAAUUCGAGUUUCUUGGUACACUUCGAUAGAAGAAGUGUGUUUGUUAACCUACGGACUCAUAUACCUGAAAUGCUGCUUCAACUUAACAGUGAAACUAGAACAGUUCUAGCAACUAAUGAGCAUAAGAAACUAAAGGUAUACUUGUACUUCACCAAACCUGUCCUCAACUCGUCUGCUGAAAUUUUGAACGCUCUCAAUACAAGUCAGGGCUCGCUUCUUCCAACCACUGGCAAUAACCUUGGGAAUCGCAGAUUUGGUUUUAAGGUUGACAAUAUAUCAAGCAUGGCCAUAGUCACAGUGAGCCUUGAUUCAAAGUUAGUAAUAAGCCAACAAGGGACCCCAGUUUCUCCUAUAACACCAGUUACUUUCCUUUAUGAUCCUCGAAGGCCUGCAGUGAGUUUAAGUACGACCUCUAAGAUGAGGACAAGAGAAACCAGCAUCUCAGUGUUGAUAAAAUUUGUGAAGCCUGUGUUUGGUUUCAACUCUUCUCAUAUAACCAUAUCUGGAGGACAUUUGCAGAGCUUUCAUGAGAUGAGUAGGAGCAUAUAUGCUGUAGAUAUACAAGCAGAUGAUGAUAUCAUAUUUGUCAGUGUUCCUGAAAACAUAACUGCGGAUGUUGCUGGAAACAGAAAUCUAGCGUCAAAUAUUAUGCAAGUUAGGCACUAUACCGUGCCUGUGAUCUCUUUGGUGCUUUCAAUCUUUGCAACUACUGCUUUUGCAGUGACAUCUUUAGCAGCAGGUCUCCUCACCAUUUCAACCGCAAGCCUUCAGUCUAUUGGGGUGAUUUCAACACCGUCUUCUUCUUUAACAUCUGAUUCUGCAAGAAAUCUUUUUAGAAUUGCAUGCCACAUUCAGGUUUAUGCAUUGUCUAGAUGGUUGGCAGUUGCCUUGCCAGUUGAAUAUUACGAAUUUGCAAGAGGAUUACAGUGGAGUAUUCCCUACUUCAAUCUUCCAUGGGAAAUGGGCAAUGUUCAGCCAGCCAUGGUCGGCUCAAGUUCCCCUACCAAUCCACAUUCGUAUAGUUCCAAAAUUCACGAUUCAGGAAUUCUUAAGAGUUUGGAUAUGGCUGCCUCGAUAUAUGGGUUGCCACUUACCGCAGUGGAAUAUAGAUCUUUUUUUGAGGUGAUUACUUUAACCUUAGUUUGUUAUGUGAUUCUAUGUGGACUAUUCUGA